GAAGCUAGUCGCAUUGUCAGUCGGAGCCUCGUUCGGUGCGGACGGAACGAGUUUUAUUUUUAAUUUCGGAGUGUAUCGUAGCGUGUGGUUGAAAUGUGGUUUAUUUUGUAUGCCAUACUGGCAUUGCCAGUGUUAUUGUUUUUAUAUUUCGAACUGAAAGUGGCUAAUAAAAAACGAGUGCUAAACAAAAUAAGAGGCCCGCCAACAUUGCCUGUAAUUGGGAAUGCACAUCAAGUGGGCAAAAAUCCAACCGAAAUUCUGAAUACGUUCUUCGAUUGGUGGUUUACUUACGAUAAAGAUAACUUCCGCUUUUGGGUUGGCUAUUAUGCCAAUGUUUUUGUUUGCAACCCAAAACAUCUGGAGUAUAUAUUGAGCAGCAACACAUUGAUUACUAAAUCGGAUAUUUAUGAAAUGCUGCAUCCAUGGCUCGGGACUGGAUUACUAACUGGAACUGGCAGCAAAUGGCACAAGCAUCGCAAAAUGAUAACGCCCUCAUUUCAUUUCAACAUUCUUCAAGACUUCCACACAGUCAUGAAUGAGAACUCGACCAAAUUUAUUAAACAACUGAAGAAGGUUUCAGCCGGCGAUAGUAUUUUCGAUUUUCAAAAUGAAACACACUAUUUGACACUGGAUGUGAUCUGUGAGACCGCUAUGGGAGUGCCCAUCAAUGCUAUGGGACAACACGACUCGAGUGUAGUGAAGGCAUUUAAGGAUAUGUGCUACAACCUUAAUAUGAGAGCCUUUAACCCUCUGAAGCGAUCGGAGACGCUCUAUCGCUUUGCCCCUGACUAUGAGCAAAAUUCUAAGACUCUUAAGAUUCUGCAGAACUUUACCAACGAAAUCAUUGAGAAGCGCAUUGAGGCACAUCGCACAGGCACCGCCAAGAAAAUCGAGGGCGAUGAGUUUUCCCGCAAGAAAAUGGUCUUCAUGGACGUGCUGCUUUCCUCCACGAUUGAUGGUCGUCCUUUGACACAGCAGGAGAUCUACGAGGAGGUUUCCACUUUUAUGUUUGAGGGUCACGAUACUACCACAUCGGGUGUAGCAUUUGCUGGCUACUUGCUCUCUCGAUUCCCCGAAGAACAACGCAAAUUGUAUGAGGAGCAGCAAGCAGUGAUGGGCAAUGAAAUGCACCGCGACGCGACUUUCCAGGAAAUCGCCGAUAUGAAGUACUUGGACUUGUUUAUCAAGGAAGCUCAACGCGUUUACCCCAGUGUACCAUUUAUUGGACGAUACACAGAAAAGGACUAUGAUAUACAUGGCACCAUUGUUCCCAAGGGCACAACCCUUAAUUUGGCACUUAUUAAUUUGGGGUAUGAUGACCGCACUUUCAAGGAUCCGCUUCGCUUCAAGCCCGAACGCUUUGAAACUGAAAAGCCCGGACCCUUCGAGUAUUUACCCUUCAGUGCAGGACCGCGUAACUGCAUUGGACAAAAGUUUGCUCUGCUCGAAAUUAAGACUGUAAUCUCGAAGUUAGUGCGAAGCUUUGAGGUGCUACCCGCCAUGGAUGAACUGAUCUCGAAGGAUGGUUACUUAAAUACCUAUAUCGGACUGCCGACGGCAGAGAAAUUGCGAAAAGAAAAACAAGGUCACAAAUACGAUCCCAUUUUGUCAGCUGUGCUAACACUAAAGUCAGAGAAUGGCCUGUAUCUGCGUUUACGCGAAAGAAAAUGAUUUCCUCUUAUUUUGUAUUUAUUAUAUUUACAAUACACAGCUUUUUAUUGUUGAAAUGUUAAA